GGAGAGGCAACAUGGUUGGCUAAGCCCCAUUGGGAUUAAAGCUGCCUGCAUGCCCUUUACAUUCAAUCAUCUCCAAUACAUUAGCACUUGAUAUUGUUUCACUGCCAAAUCUUCUCUUUAAUUUCCCAUAUAAAUACCCUCUAUUCCUUAAUCUUCCCUCCACCAAAUUUCUUCCCAAUUUUCUUAGUGCUUCAAAGAUUGAGUGACCUAAAACGAUUAUGGCUAUUAAGAUAUCAAACAAAUUGACUCAAAAGGCAGCCAUCAAACAGAUUCUGAAAAGGUGUUCGAGCUUCAGCAAGAAACAAGGUUACGAUGAAGAGGGAAGGCAUCCAGAUGAUGUGCCCAAAGGCCAUUUCGUGGUCUAUGUAGGAGAUAACAGAAGGAGAUACGUAGUUCCGAUUUCAUGGCUGACUCACCCCGAGUUUCAGGGCUUGCUUCAAAGAGCUGAAGAGGAGCUUGGGUUUAACCACGACAUGGGGCUUACGAUCCCUUGUGAAGAAGUCUUUGAAUCACUAACAGCUAUGAUCAGAUGAAAGAAGAAAAGGCUUUUGCUUCAUUUGUUUGCAGUCGUGUAUUUUACCCUCGUGCAUGACAUGAGUGGCGUUUUUCCGACUAAUUGACAUUUUGUAUAUUGUGCAUGUACGUGAGUUUUUUUAUACCUGAUGUGGCACGUUGUUCCAUUUCCACGUGCUCUUGACAGUUUAUCCUUGAAAUUGAUAUGCAUGU